CCUCCCGCAUUGCCUCACCACACCACCCCAAGUCCUCUCCUUCAUCUCCUUUCCCAGAUCUCGGAGGUCUCUCACUCUUACGAUCCAGAGACGUCUUUGUAUACGCCUCUGGUAUCUCCAUUCCUCCUUUUUCCCUCUCUUCCAAAAAUCUCCUAUUCAUUUCUCAAAACAUCGCGAAAAUGAGAGAGUGCAUCUCCAUCCACAUUGGUCAGGCCGGUAUCCAGGUCGGAAAUGCCUGCUGGGAGCUCUACUGCCUCGAGCACGGCAUCCAGCCUGAUGGACAAAUGCCGAGCGACCACACCGUCGGCGGCGGAGACGACGCUUUCAACACCUUCUUCAGCGAAACCGGAGCCGGCAAACACGUUCCUCGUGCCGUGUUCGUCGAUCUGGAGCCCACUGUCAUCGAUGAAGUCCGAACCGGCACCUACCGCCAACUCUUCCACCCUGAGCAACUCAUCUCCGGCAAAGAAGACGCCGCCAACAACUUCGCCCGUGGCCACUACACAAUUGGGAAGGAGAUCGUAGAUCUGUGCCUGGAUAGGAUUAGGAAGCUUGCGGAUAACUGUACCGGGCUUCAGGGAUUCCUGGUCUUCCACGCCGUGGGUGGGGGUACCGGAUCCGGGUUGGGAUCUCUGUUGCUCGAGAGGCUUUCCGUUGAUUAUGGAAAGAAAUCCAAGCUUGGGUUCACCAUUUACCCAUCUCCCCAGGUCUCCACCGCUGUGGUUGAGCCUUACAACUCUGUUCUCUCUACUCACUCCCUUUUGGAGCACACCGAUGUUGCCGUUCUCCUCGACAAUGAGGCCAUUUAUGACAUCUGCCGCAAGUCCCUUGACAUUGAGAGGCCCACCUACACCAACCUUAACCGCCUCAUCUCUCAGGUGAUUUCAUCAUUGACCGCAUCUCUGCGAUUUGAUGGAGCCUUGAACGUCGAUGUGAAUGAAUUCCAAACUAACUUGGUCCCAUACCCAAGAAUCCACUUCAUGCUUUCCUCCUAUGCACCCGUGAUAUCAGCCGAAAAGGCCUAUCAUGAGCAGCUCUCCGUUGCGGAGAUCACCAACACUGCAUUUGAGCCAUCCUCAAUGAUGGUCAAGUGUGAUCCCCGCCACGGCAAGUACAUGGCCUGCUGCCUGAUGUACAGAGGCGAUGUGGUGCCUAAGGACGUGAAUGCAGCUGUGGCCACCAUUAAGACCAAGAGGACCAUCCAGUUUGUUGACUGGUGCCCAACUGGGUUCAAAUGCGGUAUCAACUACCAGCCUCCGACUGUGGUACCUGGUGGAGAUUUGGCUAAGGUUCAGAGAGCCGUGUGCAUGAUCUCCAACUCCACCAGCGUUGCUGAAGUGUUCUCUAGGAUUGAUCAUAAGUUUGAUCUCAUGUAUGCCAAGCGUGCUUUUGUGCAUUGGUACGUGGGUGAAGGUAUGGAGGAAGGUGAGUUUUCUGAGGCUAGGGAAGACUUGGCUGCUCUGGAGAAGGAUUAUGAGGAAGUUGGGGCGGAGUCUGCUGAAGGUGAGGAAGAUGAGUACGACGAUUGAGCACAAGUUUGAGCUCAUGUUUGUGGUUGAGGGGUGCUAAUGAGUGCUGCUAAAUGAUUUAGUGUUUUUUUUUUUGUUUUUUUUGGUUCCUUGUUUGUGGGUCAAUUAAAAAACCAAUGUUCUCAUUGGUAUGAACAAAUUGCCGUGUUGAUUUUGGCUCAUUCUUAAAUCUGGAUUUGGUACUUUCUAUUUUGGUUUACUGUGUUUCACUGUUGUUUUGUUCUUGAAUUUCUAUUGAGCUUGAUUAGUAGUAA